AUGAGCACAGUCGACCUUCAGCUCUUAAAUCUCAAACCCGAUGCUACAGAGGAGCGUCUCAAGGAGUUUCUUCAGCAGCAGGCGUCUGUUACGGAGAUCCUCAACGUUGAGAUAUUGACCCCGGGAGAUAACAAGCCUAGGGUUGGAGUUGCUCGCGUCAUAGCCAACCGUGCUGCUCUCAAGGCCGACCUUACAGGCGCCCAAUUGGAUGGUAACCCUCUCGAUGUCGUCUUUCUGGACGAGGAAACAGGCCCCAAUCCCCAGCAAAAGGGGAAGAUAGAUUUCAAUCAAGUGAUCGAAAAGGUCAAAAAGAUAUACGCUGAACUAAACAGUGACGAGCUGAAGCCGAUUUACUCGGAAGUUGCUGCCAUGAUGAUUAAGAACGGAAAGGUGGAUUUGUCAUCUCAGAAUCUGCAAUCAGUGGGGCAGAAGAUGGCUCCUGUCUUCGGGAAGCUCUCGGGAAUGUUCAAGAAAUAG